GGGGGGGGACACUCUUCACCCUCAGCGGAUCUGCCUUUUAUGAGCCUCCAGCGCAGACGGCGCUCACGCUUGUCAUGACUCCACCAUAGCGGCCUGAGGACGAGACAGGGCAACAAGAGCGGCAGAAGGGAGGGAAGGCCGCAGCUUCCUGGAUAAGGACCCCUUCCUUGAUCCGCUGGGAGGGGGUGGGCGCGGGACACGGUGGAACCGGGGACUCUCUCCUCAGGGCGCGCGUCCCCCUCGUCUCCACCCAGAGCUCCUGAAUGAGCGGGGCCCCUCUGGCUUUUCUCAGACCCACUGACUGCAGCUGGGUGCGCGUGCCUUCCUGCGUAUGCGUGUCCGCGGAGCGCCUGGGCCCAGCAGCAGCAGCAGCAGCAGACACGGCUCUGGAUGGCUAACGCUAGCCCGUGCAUGCCCUCGGGGGCCAUGGCCCAGGUCUUCUUCCCCCCCGCGGGCUCCUCGCCCCCGGGCGCGGCUGUGAUGCAGCAGGGGACUCUGUCUAUGGCCUCCCUGGCUGAACACGGGGGCUUUUCUGUGAUGGACCUGACACCGGUGCAGGGCUCCGGUGGGGCCGCGGUGCCUUCACUGCCCCCCGUCCCACCGGGGGUGUCCUUCAUCAUCCAGAUCGGACUGACCAGGGAAUCGGUGCUGAUGCCCCAGAAUGCUGAACUGGGCUACGUGAAACAAAUCGCCUGCUCUAUUGUUGACACCAAGUUCCCGGAGUGCGGCUUCUACGGCAUUUAUGACAAGAUUUUGCUCUUCAAGCAUGACAGAUCCACCAACAACAUCCUGCAAUUAGUUAAAUCUACCGUUGACAUUCAGGAGGGAGACCUGGUGGAGGUGGUGCUGUCUGCCGCCGCCACAUUUGAAGAUUUCCAGAUUCGUCCCCAUGCGCUCAACGUGCACUCCUACCGGGCUCCAGCCUUCUGUGAUCACUGCGGGGAGAUGCUGUUUGGUCUGGUCAGACAAGGGCUAAAGUGCGAUGGCUGCGGGCUGAACUACCACAAGCGCUGUGCCUUCAGCAUCCCCAACAACUGCAGCGGAGCCCGCAAGCGGCGCCUGUCCACCACGUCCCUGAGCAGCAGCCAGUCGCUGCGCCUGUCCACCACGGAGUCGGUGUACAGCGUGGGGGUGUCCUCCACCUGCUCAGAAGAUGCCGCUCUCAUCCGCUCACACACACAAAUGCCGCGCACGCCCAGCGAUGCCAGGCGCUUCUACACGGGCCGACCGGUCCACCUGGACAAGAUGCUGAUGAGCAAGGUGAAGGUGCCUCACACGUUCGCCGUGCACUCGUACACGCGGCCGACCGUGUGCCAGUACUGCAAGAGGCUGCUCCGGGGGCUGUUCAGGCAGGGCCUGCAGUGUAAAGACUGCAAAUUCAACUGCCACAAGCGCUGUGCGUACAAGGUUCCUAACGACUGCCUCGGGGAGACCAUCGGAGACAACAGAAGUAACUCUGAUAUGUUAAGUCCCAGUACAGACCCUGAAGUGCCAAUGGACUAUAGCACAGAGUACGACACGUCAGACAAGUCUUCGAUGGACGACUCGGACGAGGCCUGCAGCAUCCCUGGGUCCUUUUCCCCUGACAAUAACCAGGACGGAACCAGUGGAGACCAGAGUGUCAUUAACAUUCCGCUAAUGAGGGUGGUCCAGUCGGUGAGGCAGACGACCCGUCGAUCCAGCACGGCCAUUAAAGAGGGAUGGAUGGUUCACUACAGCAACAAGGACACAUUGAGAAAGAGGCACUACUGGCGUCUGGACUGUAAGUGCAUCAUCCUUUUCCAGAACAACACCACCAACAAAUACUACAAGGAGAUCCCCCUCUCUGAGAUACUGGAGGUGCGUCCCGCUGGCAAUUUCACCCUCGUUCCCCCGGGCACAAACCCCCACUGCUUCGAGCUCAUCACAAGAAACAUGUGCUACUUUGUGGGGGAGGACCCCAACACCCUCCCCUCUUUGACCCCCAGCCACCCCCAGACCCAACCACAAACCCCUCCGUCGCCCAGUCAAGUGGCGCCCAACAGUGGCAUCGGGCGCGAGGUGGCCAAGGCGUGGGAGAGCGCCGUCCGCCAGGCCCUCAUGCCAGUCAUCUUUCAGGACGCGCCGCCAGCGGAGGGUCACACGCCUCACAGGCAAGCCUCAAUCAGCAUAUCGGUGUCCAACAGUCAGAUCCAGGAGAAUGUGGAUAUUGGUACAGUGUACCAGAUAUUUGCUGACGAGGUGCUGGGCUCCGGCCAGUUUGGAGUGGUGUAUGGAGGAAAGCACAGGAAGACGGGGAGGGACGUGGCCGUCAAGGUCAUCGACAAGCUUCGCUUCCCCACGAAGCAAGAGAGUCAGCUGAGGAAUGAGGUGGCCAUACUGCAGAGUCUACGUCACCUGGGCAUCGUGAACCUGGAGUGCAUGUUUGAGACCCCGGAGAAGGUGUUCGUGGUGAUGGAGAAGCUGCACGGGGACAUGCUGGAGAUGAUCCUCUCCAGCGAGAAGGGCAGGCUGCCCGAGAGGCUCACCAAGUUCCUCAUCACACAGAUUCUCGCAGCUCUGAGGCAUCUGCACUUUAAGAACAUUGUUCACUGUGAUUUGAAGCCUGAAAACGUGCUGCUCGCCUCGGCCGAUCCUUUCCCGCAGGUGAAGUUGUGCGACUUCGGCUUCGCCCGCAUCAUCGGCGAGAAGUCGUUCCGCCGCUCCGUGGUGGGCACGCCCGCCUACCUGGCUCCAGAGGUGCUUCUGAACCAGGGCUACAACCGCUCGCUGGACAUGUGGUCCGUGGGCGUCAUCAUGUACGUGAGCUUGAGCGGGACGUUUCCCUUCAACGAGGACGAAGACAUCAACGACCAGAUCCACAACGCGGCGUUCAUGUACCCCCCCAACCCCUGGAAGCAGAUCUCUGGUGAUGGUAAGACGAGUGAUCCAGCCGAUCAUGGUUCCUCACUCUGUAUUUCUACCAUGGCUGUGGUGUGGAGUACACACUGUAUUUGCACUUGUGUGUUUACAGCAAUCGACUUGAUCAACAACCUGCUGCAGGUUAAGAUGAGGAAACGCUACAGUGUGGACAAGAGUCUCAGCCAUUCAUACUUACAGGACUACCAGACGUGGCUGGAUCUGCGGGAGCUGGAGACCAAACUGGGCGAGCGCUACAUCACCCACGAGAGCGACGACAGCCGCUGGCAGGCGUUCGCCCGCGACCGCACGCUGCCCUACCCCGCUCACCUGGUGCCGCCCGCGCCCGCGCCGGGCUCGGACGACGAGGGCGGGGCGGAGGACUCGGACGUGCAGGGCCUCACCGAGAGGGUCAGCAUCCUCUGAGCGAGCGGCGAGCGGGGACUGGAGCUCGCGUAGGAGUCCGGCUGUGAAGACCGGUGCCGGCCCUCGGUCUCGCAGCAGCGAUCCCAGCUCCCAGCGAAACCCCCGUCUCGUCAUUUACCUCCGCUGCUGCUGGUGCUCUUUCGUCUUUUGUCGAAUUGUUCCGCGACGGAGGCUCGGCCGAUUCUAUUUCUCGUCCCAGCGGGAGACUUGUUACAGGCAAAACUGGAGUAAAGCUUCCAACUUGGAAGUGGCAGCGGCGCGGCAGAAACGGCGCGUCUCCCUCACGUCGGCACAGAAGCGAAGCAGGAAACGGCGUCUCGCGCCAACGCGUCGGUUCAGGGGGCUAUUUUUAAAAAAAAUAAGCCACAUCUUAGAGAGUUAGUGCUGCUUUUGUGUCAUAUAAUUGGCCUGCCUGGAAUCACACUCACACUUUCACAUCUCCAGAGUGACAAAAGACCUUCUCUGCUGGUAAUUACCCAUGUGGGCACUGCCUCAAACCCAUCUGCAUUCACAAAUGCAUUCUCAUGAACAUUUCCUCUUAAAGUAUUGAUCUGGUGAAAUAACUCCCUCCAGUAAACCAUCCUUACUCUUAAUAUAAGGUGAAAAAUCUCUCCUCGCAUUCGCCUGUAUAGAAUUUCGAUAUGCUACUGUAUCAGUGAUAAGUGGUGAAUGGACAUGUUUUAAGUGAGAUGCGCCCUCUCCCUAGGAUGGACCGACCGGCUUUGUUUACUUAAUUAGUUUCUGAAGAGUGUAUGUAGUCCAUUUGUUGACAACCUGUCGUGUCAAUAUGUUGCAUGUCUUUGUGAAAUACCCCUUAUUUUGAUGAUAUAAACUAUACUUAUGAUGGUUUAUAAGACACUUGUGUAACCUGAAGUUUAUAUAGUUGUCAAAUACCGUGUGUAGACUGUGUGUAACGUGUGUGGAGGAUGAUCUUAGCUUUGUAACAGACAAUACAAGCCCAACAAUAUUC